UUCCCUUGUUUCAACCAUUACGUAGAGAAAAGAAGAUGGGCCCCCUGAGCCUCCGUGGAACCAUGGGCCAUCACGAUGAGCAAAGUGGAGCCGUUGUAUCAGUAGUACUCAGGGAAGACAUGUGGCCCCUCAACUACAUACACUUAAUACACAUUGUUGCCUUUUAAAGACCCUUCCCCUAACCCUUCCUCCCUCUCAGUUCACUCCCCUUUCUUUUCUCCCUCCCCCUGUCCUGUGCCACUUCUUCCCUUAAGAGGAGAGAAAAAGAGGGGGGGGAAAAUAGACGAAGGUUAUAGCUGUAGCCACUAAAGUCAUGUCGAGCAGAGGUAGUAGCAGCAGGAUCACAGACGAGGAGAUCAACGAGCUCGUCUCCAAGCUCCAGUCCCUUCUGCCUGAGUCCCGCCGUAGGAACAUAGGCAGGGCAUCUGCGUCGAAGCUGCUCAAGGAGACAUGCAGCUACAUCAAGAGCUUGCACCGCGAUGUGGACGACCUGAGCGACCGUCUCUCCGCCCUAAUGGCCACAAUGGACGCCAACAGCCCUCAGGCCGAUAUCAUCAGGAGCCUCCUCAGGUCCUAGGAGCCAUGGUUAUGGAGUUCUGAGGGUGAUUUAUGGUGUUCAAGAGUGUGUGAGAGACGUAUUGUGUUGGCUAGUUCGCCCGUACCUCCUGCUUGAUGUUAUUGCUUCUGCUCUUCCCGGCCUCCAUUUUCCUCUCUCUACGUUUCUCCUGGUCUGGCUUGAGUUGUUUCUUUCAUGAUGAACAACCAACGAGGCCGGAGAAAAUAUCAUGUAUGAUAUUUUCCAUUACUAGCAAGCAAACAUGUCUCCACGGUUUCGCUUCUA